AUGACCCUUUCCAGUGUCCGAGUCCUGUUUGCCCAGACCUUGGAUGUAGCCACAUAUGACGAGGUGGAGAAAAUGGUCCAUGAGAUCAUGGAGCUUGCAAAGAAAUGUACUCCAGAUGAACUAGCUGAUCCAGCAUGCAGAAAACCCCUGAGUACUGUUCUCUUAGAGAUACUUUGUCAUGCACAAGGACUUGCCAAAAAAUAUGCAUUUACAGAGUGUUGUGGCAAAGUUGAUCAAGAAAGGAAGGCAUGCUUUCUAUCCCAGAGAAACUCAACUAUUCCUCCCUUUCAAGAACCAACUACAGAAGAGGCCUGCCAGGCCUUUCAGAACAAUUCAGUGCCAUUUAUGGACUGGUACCUCUAUGAGAUGGCCAGAAGCAACCCCACUGCAAGUAUUUUCUCCCUCAUCACUGCAACCCUUGACCUCAAGAAGGUCUUUUCAACUUGCUGCAAUGAAGCUGACAAGGAUUUCUGCUUCAGUGCCAAGGUAGCACCCAUUAAACUGCAAUUGACAGAAAGCAGCAGUCUGCAAGAGCACAUCUGUUCUAUUCAGAAGACAUUUGGGAAAAGAAUGGUCACAAAACUAGAAUUAAUUCAGCUGAGUCAAAAAUUUCCAAAGGCUGAUUUUCCUACUAUUCUCACUCUUGCUGAAAAUGUCACAUAUAUCCAUGAAAUAUGCUGCAAAGAUGAUAAACCAGAGUGUUUUCUCAAGAGGGCAACAUUGACAGCCCACAUCUGUAGCCACCAAGAUGCCAUUUCUUCUAAAAUAAAGGGUUGCUGUGAAAAGCCACGCCUUGAACAAGGAGAAUGCCUUCUCACUGUGGAAAAUGAGAAGCCUGCAAAUUUGCCCUUGGCCACCACAGAAUACAUCAACAAAACUGCAUGUUCGUUAUAUGCUGACACUCAGGACUUAUACCUUGCACAGGUGUUGUAUGAGAUCUCAAGGAGAUAUCCUGAGUUUUCCUCACAAUCCCUCCUGAGAAUUGAUGAGGUAUAUGAGGCUGCCCUGGAGAAGUGCUGCAAACUUGACAAUCCUACAGCUUGUCUUGCUCAAAGGGAUGCAGAAAUCAGACUACACAUUUAUAAUGCCCUGGAAGUGUUAAAGAUGACCUGCAAUUUUCAAAAGAUACUGAUUAACUACUUCUUCCAAAAUUUGUACGAUGUUCUUCUUGACUGCAUUGCAAUUCAUGGCCAGAUGCUCACUCAGUGGUUUAGAUUUAGUUUUGGACAACUCAUGCUUCUUGUCAGUUUUACCAAAAAGGCACCUCAGCUAUCAUUUGAGGAGUUGUACCAGUACACAAAGCAGCUCACACAUAUUGCUUCUAAAUGCUGUCCUGAAGCUAACACCUCUAGACUGAUUUGUACUGAGACGCAUACUGCUCGAGUACUAGGAGCAAUAUGUCAGCGACAUGAAGAACAUUACAUAAAUAAGCAAGUUGGCCAAUGCUGCAGUGACUCCUAUGCUCUCCGUCAGCAGUGCUUCACAGAUUUGGGAGUAGAUCAAGAAUAUGCUCCUGCCCCAUUUGAUCCUGAUUCUUACACCUUCCCUGCAGAGUUGUGUUCCAGCAACCCAGAGGAUCAGGAAAGAAAUAACCAAAUGGUGCUUGUCAACUUGCUGAAACAGAAUAUCACCCUCUCAAUUAACAAACUCGUAGAUUUGGUGGUAGAGUUUACUCGCCUGAAGACAAAAUGCUGCAAAACUGACAACCAGGAUGAAUGCAUUAAAUCAGAGCUUUCAGAACUGGUUGAAAAAAGUAAAGCUGUUCUUGGAGAGAACUAA